CCUCAGCCACCCCAGACCCACGGCCGGGACAACAUGUCGAGUUCUGAGGAACGCCACUCUUGUGAUGUUCAUCGGACGGAAGAAAGACAAGGAAGCGGGGAAACUAAAGCCGGGCAGAGACAGCGAGGUUCCCAGAAGACCUGCGAUUACAUCAGCAGCCGGCCCGGACUGUCGACUCCAGACACCCAGGCCCCGGUUCCACCAUGCAGCCACAAGGCCGCCCACCCUGAGAGCAGAGGACGGCGGAACAAGGGGCCUUGUCCUGAGCCCAGAGGUCUGGCAGGAUGGCCGUCGUUCAUGCCAUCCAUUCAGAACACGGAGGGCUACUGCAGCGACCGGAGUGAUGACCACACACCCACACCAGCUCCCGGAAAAGGAGGUGACGGAGGUUCAGCUUUCCGCCGAGCAAGGCAGACUAGGAGAGCCACCCCCAGGUACGGGCAGUCUACAGAUGGGGAUGAGGGUGAUGAGGACACAGACGAAGGGCACUGCAGCCGCAGGAGUAAGACCCAGCUUAAGAUGACCCUAGAAGUCCAGUUGGAGAAGAUGAAAUGCGAUGGGUCCAGGAUGGAGGAUGUUCUCAGGACUCUCCGCCAUAAGUGUGAAACAGAGGAGGGGAAACUGGAGCUGAGAAGAGAAGCGCUGCGUGAGUCAGAGUCUUCCAUCUCUGACGCUCAGCAGAAAACAAAGCAUGCUUUGCAGGAGCUGGCCCAGAUUUGUACCGAGACAGCACAGAUGGAGUUGGAGGGACAGAAACUGGACACCCGUCUGAGGGAAAGAAAGCCCAGUCUUCAGCUGUGUGGCCUGAGGAGCGAGUCCUGUCUCCAGCCAAUCGGGGACAUGGAGGAGGAGCCUGGAAAUCUGCGCAGAAUGACCCAAGAUGGCUGCCACGCAGAGACGAAAGCGCCGGGUUUGGUGGUGUCCAUCUUGGAGAGGCUGGAGACGGAGCGGCAGCUGGACUCCACCAAAACCCAACUGUUUGCAGAGAAGCGACGCUCUCGGGACAAGCUGGACUCCAUGCAGGAGCGGUUGGAUGAGGCUGAGGAAGAGCUCCAGAGGGCCAGAGAGGAGCAGGGCCUGCUGAGGUCCAGGAUUGAGGCUCUAGAGGAGGAACAGAGGCAGAAACAGGAGCUUGUGGUGGCUCUGCAGCGGGGGUCCGGGGGGCUGCGGGGCCAGCUGGUUGAGUGUAAGGAGAGGCUGGGCUCCCUGGAGAAGAUUGUAUCCCAAAAGGACCUUCAGAUAAUUUGCGCCCAGGAAGUGCAGGAGACUCUGCGUGCUGCCAGAAACAGCCUACAGGGGGAGCUCCAAACAAUGACACUCCAGCACUGCAAGGUAGGCAAGAUGGUGGCAGAAGAGAAAGACCUCGCUUUGAGGGAACAGGCUGAGGUGUUCACACGGCAGCUGGAGUCUGCUCAAACCUCCCUGAAGCUGAGCGAGGGCGUGGCCAGGGGGCUGAGGGGGGCUCUGCACCAGCAGGAAGAGACUGGGAAGAAACGGGAAGAGCAGAUGCAUGAUGAAGCAAAAGAAAAGGUCCGGAAGGCUUCAGAGGUGGAGAAGGAGAACAUGGCUGCCCUGCAGCAGCUGCAGGAGAGGAACCAGGAAGCGCUGGAGGGAGCUAGGCGUAACCUUGAGGAGGAGAGGAAGAACUCUCAGGCUCUUCAGAAACGCGCGGCCGAGCUGCAGACUAAGGUAGAGGAGCUGGAGGGAGCGUGCUGUUUUCAGAAGAGAGAGCAGGACGCGGCGCUAGCCAUGCUACACAGCUCGCUAACGGAGGAGCGCCGUGCCGAGCUAAAGCGACAACGCAGACACAUGGAGCAGAACCAUGAGGUGGUUUCUAAGGAGCUUGCCGUGAGGCUGCGAAGGCUGGAGGAGACAGGCCAGCUGGCGCAGAGGGAGGCAGAGCGGCUGCGCCGGGAGAUGGGUGAGAGGGAGGAGAGCCACCAGAGGACCACAGCCAUGCUGGAGCAGCAGCUGAGACAGGUCACCCAGGGGCUGGUGGCCGAGGGCCAGCAGCUCUGCCUCCUGGUGGACCAGGGAGGAUCCAGAGGAGAGCCCACGCAGCUCCCUCAGAGUCCUACUGCAGCCCAGGCCUGCCAGUACCUGCACGAUCUGAGGGUGCAGUUACAGAACUUCAUCCACCAUCUUCACCAGGAGCUGCAGUCUCAGAAACAGAACGCUUCCAGACUGAAGCACGCCCAGGAGCAGGAGUUGUGUAUCCAGAGGGAGGAGAUGGAGAUGGAGAAACAGCAGGCCUUGCAUUCGCUGAAGGAGCGUCUCAUUCAGGAGCACGUGGAGGAGUUGAGCAGCGUGAGGCGGGGGCCCGGGGCCUCCCUACGAAGGCAACGGCAGGCCACAGACCAGGAGGUGAGGCAGGUCCAGAGCAGCAGGGGCCGGUUGAAGAGCCUGACCGGGUCUGUGGAGGAGCUCCCAGCUGAGGGGGAGAGACGGAUCGGUAGGAGCCAAGAGAGGAAGCCCAGGAGGCCUGAUGGAGCGACGAGCCUGGCGGGCGAGGCGUCGGGCGACUCUGGGGGACAUCGGCUGGUGGCAGACCCCUCCUGCCACGCACCCGGGUCCCCCCCCCGCCCAGCCUCUGACCCCGCCUCCCUGAGGAUCCUUCACCACCUCCGGAGCCGGAUCCGAGAGCUCCGCGCCGAGGGCCAGAGCGGCCCCUCCCCCGCUCCGCCCAGGCAGGGCAGCGACCUUUUGGGGUCCUACCUAGAGACGGUACGGCCCCCGGUGGAGAGGACUCGGACCGCCUGUCCCUUAGUAAGCUGAGGUCUUACUAGUCUGACAUUCAGUUUACUAUCCUGUGAUGAGACGUUGGUAUCUUUUUUUUUGACCUUAUUAAAGAAAAUGUGUGAAACAUUGCAAAAGACAUCACAUUCAUGUUAAAUGGACGACUAUUAGCCAUAUUAGGAUUUAUGAGUUCAUAGCGCAGAGGGAUGAGCCGCUCAUUUGGGGACUGAAAGGUUGCUGGUUCAUUUGGAGCAACCAUCUUUGAAUUCUCUGAGGAAGAGUUGGUUGCGUCGAUGUGGGAAUGGCUGCAUAAGGUGUUCAGAUGUAAACCGUCAGCUCAGCAGUACGUUGACUAGGAACCGAAUAAAGUCCAUCUCCAAUACCCAUGAGAACAGUCAGCUCAUUAAAUGGACCCGAAAGGGAAGCUCUCCAAUGAGGAUCAGUGUGAGCG